AUGACCAGUGACAUCACCAAAGCUUUCCUACAGAUUGCCGUCAACAAGGAAGAUCAGGAUGUCCAUCGCUUCCUGUGGACAAAAGAUGGGAAAGAUAGGGUGAUGAAAUUCUUGGGUGUCCCAUUUGGCAAUACAGCCAGUCCAUUUCUCUUAAAUGCCACCAUCCGCCACCAUCUGUCUCAGUACUCUGAUUCUGAAACCUCUACUGCUGUCGAGGAACUGAAGGAAAAUUUGUAUGUUGAUGAUUGGAUCACUGGGGCUGAUUAUGAAGAUGAGACUUGUGAGUUGUUUCGUAAUGGUCAAAAGAUUCUAAAAGAAGGUAGUCUGUCAUUGGCAAAGUGCAACUCUAACAAUGAGGUAAUCAAAGACAUGUUCAGACACGAGUUUGAUUCUCACUCUGGUACUGUAUCAACAAAGAUACUUGGGUUGAAGUGGUUGAAAACAGAAGACUGUUUUGCAUUUGAUGGAGUUGACAUCCCUACACAGAUUGUCACAACCAAAAGAGUUGUUUUGAGCUUCAUAGCGAGGUUGUUUGACCCGUUUGGUUUCUUGUCACCCUACAUCAUGUAUCUCAAAAUUUUGUUGCAAGAAAUAUGGUUGUUGAAACUGGAUUGGGAUGACAAUGUUCCAGCCCCACUUCAUGAUAGGUUUAAGAGAUGGGUGCAAGGUUUGACUGAGGUACAACAGUGGAGAAUUCCAAGACGCUACGGCUUGUCAUUGUGGUCAAAUUUGACUGGAGUUGAGGUUCAUGGGUUUGGUGAUGCCUCAGAACAAGGUUACGGAGCUGUGGUAUACCUGCGCAUUCCCUGUUCAGAUGGCAGCUAUGAGGUUUCACUAGUCACAUCCAGGGCUAGAGUUACACCAGUAAAAAAGGUUUCACUCCCAAGAUUAGAAUUGCUUGGUGCUCUGUUGUGUGCUCGUGUGGUCAGCUUCGUGCUGAAAGCCUUGAAACUUCCAUCUGACACAAUGUGUAGGUAUUGGACAGACUCUACUGUAGCUCUAGGUUGGAUUAAAGGUAAACAUUCUCGUUGGAAAACUUUCGUUGCUAACCGAGUUCUUGAAAUUCAAGAACGGACAGAUGUUGAACAGUGGUCUCACUGCCCUGGUAGAGGGAACCCAGCAGAUAUCAUGACUAGAGGUGUUCUUGCAGGAGAAUUGGUCUCUUCCAAACAGUGGUUGUCUGGACCUAGUUGGCUAGCUGGAUCAUUAGUACUGGGCAAAGACAAAGUGAUGUUUGAUCAGGUAGAGCGGUUCCUUCAGCCAGAAACUGUGGCCAUUGUAAAUGUAGCUAGAGUGUGGUUGCCAGAAGAUGUUCUCAAAGUUGAGAGAUGGGGUACACUUGAGAAAGCAAUUAGAAUCACAGCUUGGGUCGUGAGAGUACUCCAAAACAUGGAUAAAACAAAGCAACAUGUCUCUGGAAAAUUGUCCUUACAAGAGUGUGCAACGGCAAAACAGAUAUUGUUGAAACACGUGCAGAGUGUGGCAUAUAGUGCUGAGAUUGAAGCCCUGAAACAGGGAAAGUCUGUAGGAAAAUCAUCACCAUUGUUAAAGUUAAAUCCAGCCAUUGGAAAAGAUGGGUUAGUUAGGAUUGGUGGUAGGUUAGAAAACUCUCAGCUGACAUAUGCUGAAAAACAUCCAGUCAUCGUGCCCAAGGGCAGGUUAGCCACACUUCUUAUCAGGUCUGAACAUUUCAGGGCAAAACAUGCGGGUGUAGAGGCCAUGAUUACGACCAUCAGAGACAACUACUGCCCAUUUCCUUACAAGAAAUGGCCAUUUUGUUAG